AUGCAUUCUACUUUUCCUUUCUGUUUUUCUUUCAUUCCGUUUUCUACGUCUUUCUUUCUUUAUUUUGUUUACUUAUAUUCUGUCAUUUCGUUACAUCUUUUUUCUUCUUUAUUCCUUCCUUCUUUCCUUCCUUCCUUCCUUCCUUCCUUCCUUCCUUCCUUCCUUUUGUUUAUUAUAUUCUGUCAUUUCGUUACAUUUGUUCUUCUUCUUCUCAUUUACUCUUUCUUUCUUUCUUUUUUUUCUUUUGUUUAUUUAUAUUCUAUCAUUUCGUUACAGUUUUUUUCUUCUUUCUUUCUUUCUUUCUUCCUUCCUCCUUCCUUUCUUUUUGUUUACUUAUAUUCUGACAUUUCGUUACAUUUUUUUUCUUCUUCUCAUUUACACUUACUUUCUUUCUUUCUUUCUUUUGUUUAUUUAUAUUCUGUCAUUUCGUUAUAUCUUAUUUCUCCUUCUUCUUUCUUUCUUUUUUCCUUCCUUCCUUACUUACUUCCUUCGUUCCUUUUGUUUAUUAUAUUCUGUCAUUUCGUUACAUUUGUUAUUCUUAUUUCUUAUUUCUUUCUUCCUUCCUUCCUUCCUUCCUUCCUUCCUUCUUUCCUUCCUUUCUUUCUUUCUUUCUUUCUUUUGUUUAUUUAUAUUCUAUCAUUUCGUUACAUCUUUUUUCUUCUUCAUCUUCUUUCUUUCUUUUUUCCUUCCUUCCUUUCUUUUGUUUACUUAUAUUCUGUCAUUUCGUUACAUUUGUUCUUCUUAUUUCUUUCUUUCUUUCUUUCUUUUUUUUGUUUAUUUAUAUGCUGUCAUUUCGUUAUAUCUUAUUUCUUCUUCUUUUUUUCUUUUUCCUUCCUUCUUCCUUCCUUCCUUCCUUCCUUUUGUUUACUUAUAUUCUUUCAUUUCGUUACAUUUUCUUUUUCUUCUUCUCAUUUACUCUUUCUUUCUUUCUUUCUUUUAUUUACUUAUUUCCUGUCAUUUCGUUACAUUGUUUUUUCUUCUUCCGUUUUCUUCUUUCUUUCUUUCUUUCUUUCUUUCUUUCUUUCUUUUUUUUUUUCUUUCUUUCUUUCUUUCUUUAUUAUAUUCUGUCAUUUAAUUGCAUUCUUUUUUCUCCUGCUUCUUUCUUUCUUUCUUUAUUUUUUAUUCUAUUUUAUUUUUUAG